GCAGACCCACACAUCUGCUCUGACCUUACGACACACACUCGCAAAUUCAACAUGGACGUCAACACAAUGCACGGACCAAUGGAUUUUAAUUUGGACAACAUGGAAGCCAAGCACGGGAAAAUGCUGCCCAGUCUGGAUGACCGCCUGGACAGCGGCGUGGAUUCCAUAAAGGACGACGAUAUGAUGAAGGACUUUGAGGAGAUGACUCUAAAUUCUGGGGAGGAGCGCACAGAGGAGUACGAGCCAUGGAGGGAACCAGUGACCGAGGACGGAGACACGCUGCUCCACUUGGCCAUCAUUCAUGAAGCAACAGAACAUGCCUUUCAGAUGAUCCAACUCUCCAGAAAUCACUCUUUCCUCAACAAACAGAACCACCAAAGACAGACUUCCCUCCACCUGGCAGUGAUCACAGAGCAGCCCCAGUUAGUAGACAGGCUCCUGAAGGCCGGCGCCGACCCACUGCUGGCCGACAACAGUGGCAACACAGCUCUCCACAUCGCAUGCAAAAAGGGCUCCCUGGCCUGCUUUGGCGUCAUCACUCAGAACUGCCAGCGCCACCUCACCUCUAUCCUGUCCAUCCCUAACUACAGUGGACACAACUGCCUCCACUUGGCGUCCAUUAACGGUUAUAUUUCCUUGGUGGAAAGCCUUGUUCGCCUGGGAGCGAACAUCAAUGCACAGGAACCCUGCAGUGGACGGACGGCACUUCACCUGGCCGUUGAUCUCCAGAACCCCACAUUGGUUCGCUGCCUCCUUGAUCUCGGCGCUGAAGCCAACUGCCAAAACUACGGAGGUUUCACGCCGUACCACCUUACAUACGGGCGCCAGAAUGACGAGAUCCGCUGCCAGCUGUACGGACGGACGGCACUAGAGCUGAGGGAGCUGCCCGACAGUGAGUCGGAUGACAGCGACAUGGAGGAGCUGGAUCUGCUGGAGGACGAGGUCUAUGAUGACAUCAAGUUCGGGAAGUAAAAAAGACCCCCCCUACUGGUGGUGUGAACGUCAAGCUGCUAAUGGGUUUGCCAAAGAACGGCUCCCAAUGGGGUACAGUAGCAAGCCAUGCCCCCCAUGUUGUCCUCCCUCCUCCAUGGCCAAAGGUUCAGGCCUGUAGGUGCUGGCCCAGAGACUGCAAACUGGAAUGAAGAUGGUGUCCAGUCAAGAUUGCUGAAAAACCACAAAGGCGAGACCUCCAUAUGGUCCGCAACUGUUUAAAAAUAUAAAUAUAUUAUUGUGUAAAUAUGAGAUGUAACAUAUUGUAAAUACAGAGAUCCUAUUUUUGUACUAAGUGUGAAUUUAAACACUAUCAUGAACAAGCCAAAAAUAAAAAAGUCUAUGAAUAUGAA